GAAUUCCUCCGCCCCGGUGCUUUGCAACCUUCCUUCGAGAAGUCCGACGAUGUUGCAGACCGUAUCCAGGAAACACCUAUCGAGCUUUCCACUAAGACCUGGUGGCAGCGACGCGCUCCUGUCAUUGCUUGCGGUUCUGGACUCUUCUCCGAUGGCUAUCUAAAUGGAGUGUGUAUAUUCUUAUCUGUCGCAAGUAUUUCUCUGAUGUGCGUUAGGNUCAUCGGUUCCGUGAAUACCAUCCUCAAGAGACUGUACAAGUACGAGUACGCCCACAGCAAUGCUCAGAGCAACAUCACCUCGCUUGUCUUUGUUGGUGAAGUUGUCGGUAUCAUCAUCUUUGGCUAUACCUCGGAUCGCUUCUCCCGAAAGUGGUCUAUCUUUGCAUCUACCGUCAUCUUAUUCAUCUUCGCUGCUCUUGCUGCCGGCUCUUACGGUGCGCAUGGCAGCAUCUAUGGCAUGUUUUCUGCACUUGCUGCUUAUCGUUUCCUUCUUGGUAUCGGUAUUGGUGGUGAAUAUCCCGCUGGAUCUGUCGGUUGUUCUGAGAGUACUGGAGAACUAGAGUCUGGUACUCGUAAUCGAUGGUUCAUCUGGUUCACCAACUUGGCGAUUGACCUGGGUUUCGUCAUUGCCGCGNUUCUUGCUACCGGCGAAGACCAUCUCCGUGCCGCUUGGCGCAUUAUGCUCGGUAUCGGCGUCAUUCCACCACUUUCAUUGUUUUAUAUGCGAUGGAAGCUGGAAGAGCCCGAGGCUUUCAAGAGAAACACAAUGGCCAAGUGCAAGACGCCCUGGAAGCUCAUCUUGAAAAAGUAUUGGUUCCGCCUGCUUGUCGUCUCGACCAUCUGGUUCAUCUACGACUACUCAUCAUAUGCUUUUGGCACAUACUCUGCUCCAAGUGUCGACAAUGUACUCGGUCCAGAUGCACCAAUGUGGAAGACAUUUGGUUGGAACACUGUCAUCAACCUUUUCUAUAUCCCUGGCGCAUUCGCAGGAUCGUACGUUUCUGAUUGGAUCGGACCUAGGAAGGCUCUUGCGUAUGGAGUCACUGCACAAGCCGUGGUCGGUUUCAUCAUGGCCGGGUGCUACGAGAAGCUUGCCAUCCCAAAGAACAUUGGUGGGUUCGUUGUCGUCUACGGUAUCUUCUUGUCGCUCGGCGAGCUGGGUCCAGCCGUUCGAGGUCGUUACUAUGCCGUGGCUGCAGCAUUCGGCAAGAUCGGAGCCUUCAUCGGCAACUACCUCUACCCCAUCCUUGUCGCUGAUGCCGGAAGCAAUACUAUCAAGGGUAACCAGUACCCCUUCUGGGUUGCGUCAUCUCUCUGCAUCCUCAGUGCUUUUCUUGCAUUCUUCUGCUUACCUGAAAUUGGUCAAGAUACCAUUGACCACGAGGAUGCCGCUUUCAAGAGUUACCUUGUUGAGAAUGGCUGGGAUAUCUCUCGUAUGGGUUUUGCUGGAUCUGGAGCUCAUAUGGGAUCUGAUGAGGAAGGUCCAAGUUGCAAUGCUGAGAAGCUUGAGCUUUGA